AUGGCGCAACCAUAUGAUGCCACACCAGUCAAGCGUACAUCUUCCGAGACACAUACGCAGAAUGGCAACACAAAUGGCUCAGCGCGUCGACGAGCGAGCGUUACGGAGCGGAUAGAGAAGCGGUUGGAGGACGUUGCUGAAUCGGCAGCUAGGGACCCCGAGGAGCAGAAGCAGUCGGGGCUGCUGGCAUUGGCAAUCUGUGUAGGCGGAAUCUAUGCAAGUUUCUUGAGCUGGGCAUACCUUCAGGAACGGAUUACCACGACUAAAUACGGACCGAAUCAGUCCCGUUUCACAUAUUCCAUCUUCCUAAACACCAUUCAAUCCGCCUUCGCAGCGUGCACCGGCGCCGUCUACCUCUUCGCAUCCUCCCCGCGCGACCCCAAGACCGGCACCCGGAAGGUCCCACCUGUCUUCCCCUCGAAACAGAUCCUCUUCCCGCUGCUCAUCAUCGCCGUCACAUCCUCGCUUGCCUCUCCUUUUGGAUACGCAAGUCUGAAGCACAUCGACUAUGUGACCUUCAUCCUAGCCAAGAGCUGCAAGCUGCUCCCCGUCAUGUUUCUCCACAUGACCCUCUUCCAGAAGAGAUACCCGUACUACAAGUACGCCGUGGUGAUCACUGUCACCGCCGGCGUGGCCAUGUUCACGCUCUACAACCCUUCCACCGCAAAUAAAGCGAAGAAGGGCGUUUCCGCAGACGCUUCCAAAGUUCUAGGAAUGUUCUUGUUGAGCAUCAAUUUGCUGUUCGACGGCUUGACCAACACGGUGCAAGACCAGAUCUUCAGCACCUUCAAAGGCUUCACAGGCCCUCAGAUGAUGUGCGCGCAGAACAUCAUGAGCACGCUACUAACGGUGUCGUACCUCCUCUCCGCGCCGUACAUCGCUGCCUCCCCCAUUGGCGGCGCGGUCGGCCUCACUGCCACCUCUGGAAACGAAUUCGCAGACGCAGUCAACUUCGUCACAACGUAUCCGGCCGUCGGCUGGGACGUCCUCGCCUUCGCGGCCUGCGGCGCCAUCGGUCAGGUCUUCAUUUUCCACACGCUUGCACAUUUCUCGUCGCUGUUGUUGGUCACUGUGACGGUGACGAGGAAGAUGUUGACGAUGCUGAUGAGUGUUGUGCUCUUUGGGCACAAGGUCACAGGGAUGCAAUGGGCGGGCGUGGGGCUCGUGUUUGGCGGGAUUGGCGCGGAGGCGUGGUAUCAGCGGGUCGAGAAGAAGGCUAAGAUGGGGGCGAAGAAGCGGGAGGCGGCGGCAAAGAAGCAGUAA